CUUGACAGAGAUCCCGCGACCCACCAUGGACGAACCGACGCUUCCGCUUGCGAUGCAGGAGGCAUUUGGCCCGGUGCAGGACGAGCUUAUCGAGCGGUUGCGGAGGUACGACGAGUUUGGGAACGGGCGGGUGAUGUACUCGGACUUUCUGGAGGUAUGCGCCUCGCUGGGCGUUCACAUCGGCGACGCGGCGCACAGCUUUCUUUCGCAAACCUUUACCCAUCGUGGGUACAUUGACAUCAACCGGCUGGCUGAGGUGCUGGGCAAGCGCGACAAGACGAUCCGGCCGCGGCAUCCGUCGGGGCGGAACGAGCGGGAGAUGGCCCGGCUGCACGAGCUGGUGGUGACCAAGCUGUAUGCGCGACACGAGCACAUCCGUGACAUGUUCCUGGAGCUUGACGUCUCGCGCAACGGCACGCUCUCCUACCGCGAGUUUGCGAACGGGCUGGCGAGUCUCGGCCUGGAGCUGGACGAGGAGCAGCUGGCAGCGCUGAUGCGGCAGCAUGACAUGCGAGGGAGCGGGCGCAUCGACUACAACGAGUUUGUGCGGUUUGUGCAGGAUCCGCUGACCUGGAGUCUGCCGAGCGAUGUGGCGCACGACGACUCGCUGGUGGCCCGGCUGUUUGCGGUCCGCGAAGCGCUGCUCAACGAGUGUAUUGCCCGCGACACUGCAUUUGCGCGGACGAUUCCGUUCUCGCAGCUCGUCGCCGCCAUCGACUCGGUCCUGACCUCGGUCCCGCUGCCCGAAUCGGAACUCGAGUUUGUGCUCUCGACCUUUGCUGAUGACACCUCAGGCGACAAUCCGCAGGUGGCAUACCUCGACUUUGUGCGGCACGUGACGACCCGCGGACGCGAGCUGAUGGACCCUGCGGUGGUCGAGCCUGAGGUGGCGCGCGCGUUCCGUGGACAGGUACCCACCGCCGCGGUGGCGCCAUGCGUCCUUUCAGUCGAUGUCCCGGUCCUUGACCUCCUCCGCGAGAUUGUUUACGAGGCACAUGGGCACGUCGCUGAAAGCUUUCUCGAGCUCGACGCGGACCGAUCCGGCACGGUCUCGCUCGACGACGUUCUCACUGUCCUCGGGCGGCACUACAUCCGGCCGACGCCAGCACAGAUCCAGGAGAUCGCCGCCACCUUUGGCGUUGGCGACGGCAUCGAUUACCGGCAGUUCUGCCAGUUCCUUGGCGAGGAGGACCCAGUGGCCGCCGAAGAGGCUGCACGGCACCUUGCCGUCCUCAACGACGCACCGAUUGAGUCGGACGACACCCCGCAGGUCUUUGACACACCAACCAUCAAGUCUGCGGUCGCCAAGCUCUAUGUCAAGUCGGCCAAGCUCCUGUCUACAAUUCUCGAGUACACCGCCGACGACGCGCUCCCACUCCCGACACUCCGACAGGCUCUCCAUCGGCUGCACAUCCGGCUGAGCCAUGCCGAGUUUGAGUGGAUCACCAGCAAGUUUGGCAUCCUCGGCCCCGAUGGCACCUCGGUCACCGCCGUCUGCGUCCACGACCUCGUCCACUUUGUUACCCAAACCGGGCGCGCCGGCCUUGCGUUUGGCGGCCAUUGAUGUGGCGCGUUUUUCUAUCGACAAAGGCACGAGCAUCUGGCUGCUAAAAGAGUUGGGAAAGA